AUUGCAGGAAAUAUUUUAAAAUGUAUGCCAAUGUCUGUUAUAAAAUUAAAAUGCGAACGCUAUAGAAAUUGCUUGUCUUGUACCAAGUCAUUGUUCAUGCGUUGUUAACCAUGAAAUAAGGCGUUAACAUACCAAGUUGCCUCUGUGUUUUGUUUGUAUUUUGGAGAAAUAUACAUUGAAACUUGAGAAUUAAGUUGAAAUUUGGCUGGCUCAAUUUUUUUUUCUAACAAAUUGUUACUUACGCAGUACGAUAGAAGUUUGUCGUAAAAAAUAUAAUACAUAAAUCGAUUCGAUAAAUUUUUUAUUGGAAAUGACUCCAAGUGUUAUAAUUUAUUAUGCAUUUUUGUAUUUUUACAAUCGUGCUGGCGCAUGCACGUGGAACUUUAAGCCACUUAGCAUAUCCAAUAAACUAUUGCGAUAUGGCAUCAACGUGCAUUCAUGACAACCAGCCUGUAUGCGGCUCUACUGCCGACAAUUGCACUAGAAGCUUCCUGGACCAGUGCGACUUAUACGAGUAUAACUGUGAUCAUGGGGCCCACUUUGAGAGCACUCCGUGUACAAAACCCGAGCCCCCGAAAUCUGAACCAAAGAUUGUGAAAUUAACGUACGACGAACCAAAUCAUAGAGAAGCAGACUGUGACCCGAAUUGCCGCAGACCGAAAUCUUGGUCGACUACAAGGAAAGGUGAAACCAGAGACUUUUAUAGAGUGCUACAAUAAAAACGUAAUCGAUUAAGAAAUGCUUUUAAAGUUACUUUUAAAACUAGUGAGUGAUUUAGCGAAUAUUGGAAUCUCUUUUUUCGACCUCCCUUUUGGAGCUGCAGAACUUUCCUAAUUUAAAACCAAUGUUAUAUGAAGGCAUUGAGUUAUAAAGUGAAAAUUCCUGAAUGCUAAAACUUGGUAUUUCCUAGAUUAUAGUUUAAAUUCACUGAGCCAAGGCUUCGAGGAUAUCGAAUAUAGAGAAUAUCGAGGAUAUCAAACAUCGAAAUUUAUAUAUUUCAGUAUUGAUAUUCAUUAGGCUUACGUUGCCGCUUGACCGACAAAUACAUACUCGUAUAUCGAGGGGUGAAAAGCCAUUUGGUUUAAGUGACGUUGUUGCUACUGUCCAGGAGAGCCGUUUGAAGUUUACAAUUUGUAAAAAAUGUCAUAACAAAAAAACCUAUUCAGCUAUUUAAAUGGAGUAAACUUAAAACAUUGAAUUGUUGAUGUUGAUACCAAAUAAAAGGCACUAUUAAUUGCAAAGAUAAAUGUCGCGUAACAAGUGAUAUGUCGCUUAAACUAAAUAAUCAUUACACCCCUCGAAUAUGAUUGUUCCGAUUUUUUUUCCUACCUAAGCUGAGUUUUGAGAAACCAUUUCAGCGUGAGCUUAAGUAGUUAAGGGGCUCAAAUCUUGCUAGCACUAACCCUAGCAAGAGCAGUGCUUCGCAGAAUCUACCACCGGAUCGGAAACGCGACCCACUGAGAAGAUCCAGCGAUGGAUACUGCCAUCCACCUUGAGAUAUGAGUUCCAUUCUCACGGAUCGUUUGAAACCUAUGAGUCUGCGGAGGGACUUCGGUUCCCUCUGUAUUUUGUACCGUAUGUUUCAUGGGGAGUGCUCUGAGGAAUUGUUUGAGAUGUUACCAUCAUCUCGUUUUUUACCAUCGCACCGCCCGCCACCGGAGUAGAGUUCAUCAAUACUACUUGGAGCCACUGCGGUCAUCCACAGUGUGUUUCCAGAGAUCUUUUUUGCCUUGUACCAUCUGGCUUUUGGAACGAAUUCCCUCCACGGUGCUUCCCGAGCGCUAUGACAUGUCCUUCUUCAAACGAGGCUUGUGGAGAGUAAACGGUAGGCAGCGGCUUGGCUCUACCCUUGACAUUGCUGACGUCCAUGAGCGACGGUGACCACUCACCAUCAGGUGGGUUGUAUGCUCGUCUGCCUACAAAGGUAAUUAAAAAAAACUAGUUUUUCUUGAGGCACAAAGCUGGUGACCGGAUUCUUGUGGCCCGCAGUGGUAGGUACCACGACUCCGCCUAUUUCUGUCGUCACCUAUUGACUGUGAUCUGACGUAUUUCACAGAGCUGUAAUCAUAUUUAAUAAUACGUGAAGCAAAAACUUUGCAUCCCUUUUUACGAAAAUUGCGUGGACGGGGGAGUAUGAAAUUUUCCACACUUAUACAGACUAUAGAGAAGAAGUGCACAAUGCUAAUAUUUUUUUAAAAUAAUGCAUAAAAAAUACAUUAAACCAAUAAAGAAAACAUUACACACACUACAUACCAUGUAUUUGACGCAUACACGCAUGCAUACUAUUUAUUGUCAAACUUUUGUUCUUGACGUCUGUUGUCAAAUUGAGAAUAGAAUAUGGAUUGUCUUUGUUAAUAUUUUUAUAGUGUAGUCUUGGCGAAAUUUGUGAUUAUAGAAGUAUAAAAUACAAUCAUAAUAGUGUACAAACUUACAAUUCCAAUUAAUUAUAGUCGAAUUUCGACUACUGCGGGACCUCUAGUCAUAUUUAAUUUGAAACUAGUGAAUAAAAACAAUAUUUUCGAAAACAA